GGUCAUUCAGUUUUCAGCCUCCCCUCUCCCUCUCUCUCUGUAUCUCUCUGAAAUCUAGGAAUGCUAACUUAUUAAAUGAAAAGAUCGUGGGAAUCCCUCUAGGAAACCUGAAACGGACGCGGAAAGCGAAGGGAAGAAGCCCCACCAGAGAAAGAACCCAAAAGCUGAAGAAGAGAAAACAACAGAGGAACCAAAAAAGAAACCCUCAAAAGCCAACAGUUGAGUUGCUUGCACGAUCUCUCCGAAGCAAGCAGAGAACCUCAAGCAAACAAUGACCCAGAAAAAAAAAAGGGAGAAGAAAAAGCAAAUUCUGUAGCUUUUUAGUCUCCGUCGUCACCCACAAUCUGAUUCGUCUCUGCUAAAGUUUCAAGCUUUCUGCUUUCUGCUUUCUGCCCAAGCAGUUCACCGACAGUCGGAUCUUAUCCGUGGAAAUGAAAAAUGCGUUUGUUUUCCUAAUUGUCUUACGAGAUCUAGAGAAUGGGUUUCCUUCAAGUUGAAACUUUCGUGGAGUUGGUUAAGAAAGAACCAUCCUUUGAGAAGAAGUUGGGAGUGGACUUUUCGAUGAAUCGGUUGCUUCAGAAUGUUUCUUCCUCUGGGAAUCUCCGGAUGAUCAUUUUCAGAAGAAACAGGAAACCGACCUUUACUGGAUUAUCCAUUUCUUAGAAUGUGGGAUUCCUUUGUUAAUUGGGUUCCCUUCUGUUUUGAAUAAUUAGGAUAUCUCUCCUUGCUUCUAGCAUUUGGGUUUACACAGUUCCAUUUUAUGUUUGGUUCUUGUUCUUUGUUUUUUGAUAGUACAAGGCUUUUGCAGUUUGAUCUACUUUGAUUGGAGAUGGAUUGCUUGCUUUGAGGUUUCAUGACUUCUCUAAAAUAUGGUUUGUUUGCUAUAUAGUUCUCAUUCUUGGUUGAUACCUUACAGAUCUCUCAGAUUGGAUCUCUCUACUUACUCUUAUCUCCCCUGUUCAUCGCUUGGUAAUAGUAUCAAGCUGUUAACUUAACAUUGGUUUCAUUGUUCACAAUAUGUUUUCAGGUGUUUUCUAACGGUUUAAGUGGUAACCAAUUGCCUCUUGUCGCUGCAUCCUGAUGGACGAGGAGACUGCUAGUCCCUUUCGAACACCCGAACGGAUGAAUAAGCAAGAGGAUAAUAAACCGAGAAGAAACUCUGCUGGGAAGGUAAUGUCCUCAGAUGGUAAACAGAAAGAGCUCCCUCGUUAUCUCAGAGCGUCGACAGGUUCAUGCCAUGAUCUCUGCAAGUAUGGGAGGAAAAAUGUGUCUGAGGAAAAACCGUGGCGUUCCAAGGUUAAAAAGACUGUCAAGAAACUUCCUGAUGGCAUGAACGAAUCUUUUAGCUCAGGGUCUUCUGAGAGGAAGAGGGUGAUGGCAGUGAAGAUGAAACAGGAGCUUCAUUGUUCAGAUGAUGCUUCUGAGAUUAUAAAGAGAGAGUUAGUGAAGACAACAAAAUCCAAGCUCAAAUCUUCUCCUGUUUCGGGAUCCCAGACAUCUGGAAAUGCCAAUACUACUGAGAAGCAGAAAGUUGUGUCAAAAAGAUCUCAUUCAGGACGAGCAGCUAAGAAAUCGAAUGACACUAACCCGACACAUGUGCAAGUUUCUUCACCAGGGCUGAAACCGCUGAAGGGGAAGGCCAGUCGGGGAAACGACAAUGAUAUGAAGAUAGAGAAGAAUAUUGGAGCAUCCAAAGUUGUUUCAAAGAAAGUGUCUUUAACCCCGAGAGCUUCAUUUUCCUCGAAGCCGUCGAUCAGAUUAGCUGGAAAUUCAAGUCUGAGGAAGAGCCAGAGCUUGAAAGCUUCAUCUUCUCCACCAAAUCAGAAACCAAGCAAUGUGCAGUGCAGUGAUGAGCCUAAGCAGUUGGAUAGUUAUCCGCUCGAGGAGAAAACAUUGCACGUUGUGGAAAUGGAAGCGGAGAACUACAAGAUUGCAGAAGAACAUGAUCCCAAUGAGAAAUUAUGCAUUGCCGACCCGUCUCCUCCAUCGUCAUCCUCGACUCAAGAAGACGAGGAUGUAGGAGAAUAUGAAGAGUAUACAGUAUCAGAAGCAGAAGGGCACGAUUACCAAUCUCAGAGCGAUGAGCCCGAGACUGCAGAAGAAGAGGACGAGACUUUGGAUGGAGAGGAGAAACCAAGGGGAAGAAAUGAAGGAAAAUCUGCAGACGAAGCACAAAAGUUACAUUUCAGAAGAGGAAGGGUUGUGGAUGUAAAUUCCGAGAAUGGCAAACCGACGAGGCUUAAGUUUAGACGAGGAAGGGCUCUCGGGGAAAACCAAACUCAGAAUAGCCAUGGAAGGAGGAGCUUUAAGAAGGUAGAACAUGUUGCAGAAGACAAUGAUGAACAUGAAGAGGAAAAAGUAGUGUUGAGGCAUCAAGAUGUGGAGGAGAAGAAAGAUGGACAAGGAUUGUUCAACAAUGUCAUUGAAGCAACAGCGAGCAAACUCGUUGAAAGCAGGAAAAGCAAAGUUAAGGCUUUGGUCGGAGCUUUCGAAACCGUCAUCUCUCUGCAAGAAUCAAAACCUUCUUCUAACUCUGCAACAUGAACCCUAGAAAGAAACAUCAGGAACGAACAAGAGAGGAAAGCUGACUUUGAUCUUUGACAAGCUUUGUUCAUCAGUGAGGUUUUUCCAGUAGUAGCAGUAGUGUUUGCUUUGGUUUCGGUUUCGGUUUCGGUUUGCGGAAACCGGCAAUGUAAAUUGAACCGGUUUGAAUCCCCUCCGGUUUGCUGAACCUCAAGAAGAUUGAUACUUCACAGUUCACACACUCCUUAUCUUUGGUAUGUUUUAACAUUCAUUUGGUGUUUUGUGAAUAUGCUACUAAACCGACGGAUUGUGUUUGUUUUCGGUUUUGGUUUUCUGCUCAAUUUUGUUGGUUUUUCUC